AUAAUUGCAUAACAACAAAGAAGAAAUGGGUAUCUGUAUAUCCAUGGCAUCUUCUGAGAUUCAUGGGGCCCCUAAAGAAGUUUAUGAUGAGAGUGUAAUAACAUUUGAAGCAAACAAGGUUGUAAGUGGUAAUCAAGAAUUUUGUUCUGCUUACUCUAAACAAGGGACCUAAGGACCCAACCAAGAUGCUGCUUCUAUUUACCAGGGUUAUGGAAUGGAAGAUGGAAUAUUUUGUGGUGUUUUUGACGGGCAUGGAAGGAAUGGACGCAUGGUGAGCAACAUGGUUAACAGAAACUUAUCUUCACUCAUACUUGCCCAAAAGAAUGCCUUUGAAAGGAUUAAUAACAUAGAAAAUGUUGAUUCCAACACCCUGAACAACCAUGUUGACACAGUGAAAGGUGAUAAUCAUAAGGAUCCAAAGAAUUUUCAGAUAUGGAAAGAAGCAGUUACAAGUGCUUUCAAGGUCAUGGACAAGGAGAUCAAGUUGCAAGAGAAUCUAGAUUGUUCUUGCAGUGGAACAACUGCUAUUCUUGUCGUAAAACAGGGCGAAGGUCUUAUCAUAGCUAAUUUGGGUGACUCAAGGGCAGUGUUGGGGACAAUCUGUGAUGAUGAACUCAUGGCCAUUCAAUUGACCACAGAUUUGAAGCCUGGAUUACCUAGUGAAGCAGAAAGAAUAAGGAGGUGCAAUGGUUGUGUAUAUGCAUUAAAGGAAGAACCACAUAUCCAAAGAGUGUGGAUACCAAACUAUGAGAACUCACCGGGACUUGCCAUGUCUCGUUCUUUUGGAGAUUUCUUGCUCAAAGAACAUGGUGUCAUUGCCAUCCCUGAUGUUUCAUAUUACCCUCUAACAUCAUCUGACCAAUUCCUUGUUCUUGCAAGUGAUGGUGUGUGGGAUGUACUAAGCAACAUGGAGGUUGCAUCAAUAGUGUGGACCACAAAGAGUGAAGAGGAAGCAGCAAAGAAAGUGGUGGAAGCAGCCAAUGCUGCAUGGAGAAGGAAGUACCCUUUUUCCAAGAUUGAUGACUGCACUGUUGUUUGCCUCUUCCUAAAAAGCGAAAACAAACGAAACUCAGGAAUGUGGAAAGUGUAAAGUUUCAUUAAUCAGUGCACCUCUACCUACUCAUUUUCUAGAUAAUAUCAUCAUCCUCUGUAAAAUCAUAGCAGUGAUGUUUGUUGAAAAUGUCCAAAGCAAACAACAAAAGUGGGGGUAAGAAAUUUUUAAAUUACUAGGCUAGAUUUUCCUUAUAGCCAUCUUCGUUUUUCUUUUUUCUUUCAAUAUAUUCAUGUGAGGAAAACUGUUUUGUAACAUCCAAACCAUUGUACUCUCUCAAGUCUCAAUAUUCAGUUCAC